AUGGAGCUUGUUCCCGAGGCCGAACAACCCCCCGUUCCGGCACUAUCCAAUCCAAUUCGCAACAAACGGGAUCAGCAUACGGCGCACAUGCUUACCGUACAAUGGACGGCCGAUUUGGGCUGGGCCAGGCCAGCUAUUCAGGCCUACCGUCCACUCUCCAUCCAUCCAAACGCCAGCGCCCUCCAUUAUGCCAUCCAGUCUUUCGAAGGCAUGAAAGUAUACAGGGGGUACGACGGGAAGCUGAGGUUGUUCCGGCCUCUCCUCAACUGCGAGCGACUACAACUAUCCAAUGCCUGUGUUGGGCUGCCGACGUUUGGCCCCCAGGAGCUUUUACAGCUAAUCAUUGCCUUCGUUUCUGUUGAGUGUCCAAGAUGGCUGCCGGAGCCUCAUUCCCAUCUUUACAUUCGGCCCGCCAUGAUUGGCAUGGGCUCUAGCCUUGGCGUCCAAAUCCCACCAGAGGCUCUGUUCUUCAUGACUGCAGCCUUGUUUCCGCAGAGGCAGGUCACUCAGAACCCAAUGAGCAGUAUAAAAUUGCUCGCGAGCCCUAUGACGAUGGUUCGCGCGUGGCCGGGGGGAAUUGGAUACGCCAAGGUAGGAGCGAACUAUGGCCCGACAAUGCGUGUCCAGGAUGAGGCCAAACAGCAAGGAUGUACCUCCACUCUUUGGCUAUUUGGUGAAGACGAACAAGUUACCGAAUGUGGUGGGAGUAACUUUUUUGUCAUAUGGAUAGAAUCUAAUUCCGUCAAGUUGGUGACGCCGCCGCUCGAACAUGGGCUGAUAUUAGACGGUAUAACAAGGAAAAGUGUUUUGGAACUUGCUAGGGAACGACUUUCCUCUCCCAACGCCGAAUGUGGGAAACUCAAACCCUUAGUAAUAGAGCAGCGGACAUUCACCAUGACCGAUAUCAGGAGAGCGAGCGAGGAGGGUAGAUUGCUAGAAGGGUUUGUAACGGGAACAUCGGUUUCCAUCAUGCCGGUGUCGGCUAUCGUUUAUAAGGGGGACUCAAUCCCGUUCCCUAGUAGUGCUGCUGGCAGGGAAACACGUCCUCCAAUUACACAAACGUUGGGGUAUGCGAACAUUUUCAAGCGGUGGCUUGAUGAAAUUUGCUACGGGACGGUAAUUCACGAGUGGGCAUGCGAAGUUUCUAACGCUGAAGGCUGUGACUAG